ACGCGAGGCUGCUGGAGCCUGCGCAUGACAGCUGCAACCCGACCUGGAGCUUCAACCGACAAACACCAACACCACCGAUCCGCCACAAACCCAACCUUCAACGAAAAGCAAGGACCGAAACUCGGGAAGAACCUUUACUCACCCCAAACCAAACCACAUAAAUCAUCACAGAUCACACAACCGCCAAGAUGUCCUCCAACACCCUCCGCAUCGUCCCCGCCACCAACCACGAAACCUCCUUCAGCCACAUCCCCUCCCGCACAGCCGGCGCGCCCUCGGCCCCCGGCCUUCACGACACGCUGCGCGCGGGCGUGGGCCCGUCCCCGCUCACCACGGGCGCCGACAAACCCACCUCCGCUCACCCGCUCGAGGCCCGCCUCAAGGCGUGGGAGGCGACGCGGGAGGCGCUGCGCAUGGAGACGCUGCGGCGGGCGUACGGGGUGGCGGAGCCCGUGCGGCGGCAGAUGGAGCUCAAGAUCGCGCGCGAGGGCCAGUGGAAGCCGAUGGCGCUGGGCGGGGGCAACGAGGGCGGGAUGGGCAGCGUGCACGAGGAUAUCCUGGCCGGGCGCGACGAUACGAUUUCGUGGGAGGAUGUGUUUACGGGUGAGGAGGGCCGGGCGUCGGUUGGGGUGCAUGACGAGAUGGAGAGGAAGUUGAAGAUGUGAGGGGUGGUAGUAAGGCAGCGGGAAGGAUGGCGAGCGGCGGGUGAGACGGGAUAACUACUUAGUGAUAGCCGGCCACGACUGCAGCGUCGUGGGGGAGAGACACUGUUACAGUGUUUGGUCCGCUUGGAGCUCUCCAUGACUCGCUGGGCUAGCCAGCAUCUUAAGUCGGCGCCCAUCACCCACCAUAGACAAGGAAUGACAGGGGCAGUGGUUGUGCUCACGAUCAUUAUUGCAUAA